AGCAACCAGCUCGGCUGACGACUGCCUGUGCUCGCCAACACGACCAGCGUCGUGCCGCUGGCGAGCAAUCUUGGCCUUGGGCUCCUUGGAAUGAAUGCCAGCGACCUUCGGACUCGCUCCAUUCGUAUACUCUUUCGCUUGCACAUAGCGUGGCCUCACAAACGCGGACAGUUGCAGUGGACGGCAGGCGUCCCUAGAUAUUCGCACCAUCGAGGGCCCAUCGUGCCCAGCGCUCGCGUUGGCCUGCGCCAGCUCAUCCGUAGGAUCUAUCCUCGGAAGUGUUCGGUAUUGUGAUGACGUAGUUCAAUCCUACUCUUCACAUUCCAAGUCCGUCCCCUGCUGCGGAUCGUUACUAGACAAGAGAAUGCGUGAGCGCACCCUGCGUCGAUAUAGGUCAUUUAGGUCCCACUUCGAUUUUCACCAGUCAAUUCGUGAUGGGCCCAGCGAGGAGGUCAGCCUACCGAUCACCGCCAGCCCCCCCAAUCUGCCGUGAAAUUACAGUCCAAGGGCCGAUACACCUCAUCGACUGCGCUACCUGUGAAACCCUACUUACCGGCAGCUUCAAGACACAAAGCACGCAUACGUGCGACGCGGAGCCAUGCAUGCCGUCAUGAAGCGCCUGACCCACUCCUUCAAGCCUCUCCUCGGUCGCGCCGGCAGGAGCAAGACAUCCAAGACGGGCUCCCAUCUCGGUGCUGGCGAGGACCGGAAGCAGGCGCCGGACUCAGUGCCCAUGAUCGCGGUCAUACCGCCGCUCGAGGACAUGCACGUGUACAUGGACGAGGACAAUCUGGGCAACCUGAUCAUGCGUGAUGUCCAGUGCCUCCCGGUCGUUGAGGAUAUCUUCGUCGCAUGCCGCUCGACCACGCUCGCGCACAUCUCUACAGAGGAAGCCGUCGACUCUAAGAGCAACGUGCAACCCUCCGAGCUCACGAAAGCCUCGGAACCCGAGCAGCCGAAGCCGUUGUCCGUCGCGGAACAGAGACGCAAGUUCAUAGCUAGUCUGCCUCUACCUCCACCCCCGCCCAUCAAGCCUGCCUGCCAGAUGCCCCCAGAGCUCCUCACAUGGAUGCAGCUCUUCCAAGGGGACAUCCUCGACGACGAAGAGAACGGCGAAGGACGAACGCAGUUCUCCGAGACGCUCAGCACGCAGCAGCUCCUCGUUCUCAGUCUCCUCGGCAAAGGCGCGCAGGGCAACGUCUAUCUCGUCAAGCACCGGUCCAAGAUGGUCUUCUACGCGCUAAAGACUAUCCCGAAAAGCACGGACAAGAAUGGACACUAUGCGAACCUGUUUGCAGAGCAGUUCGCGCUCAAGAUGGUGGCGGGCGACCCGCGGUUCGUGAACUUGCAAGGGUCGUUCCAGGAUGACGAGUGUUUCUACAUCCUGACCGACUUGUAUGCCUACGGCGACCUCAGGAGCGAGAUGCGCGAGGUGGGGAAGUAUGGCGAGGAAAAGGCCCGUCGUUACGCCGUCCAGAUUGCCGUGUCAGUCGAAGCCCUCCACAAGCAACGUAUCCUGCACCGCGACCUCAAGCCUGACAACCUCUUCCUCAACUCCCGCCACGACAUCAUCCUUGGGGACUUCGGCCUGUGCCGCAUUUUCGGACGCUCGAUUGCCGAACAGCCGUGGCGUGGGGCUGGAGUCCGGGCGUGGAUGCUGCCUGAGGACCAUCCCAGUCAAAAGCAGAGGAUGGGUGGAGCGGACAAGGCGAAGAGGGUUUGCGGCACCCCUAGGUACAUCGCCCCUGAGGUGUAUGGACUGGAGUCGGACGGAUGGUAUUCGUAUUCGGCGGAUAUCUUCUCGUUUGGCGUGAUCUUGUAUGAGUUGCUGCAUGGCAAGCUGCCUUUCGGGAUGAAGAACGACGACGUUGUCGAGCAUCUAGUCGUUCGUACUACUCGCGCCGAGUUAGAGGUCGAUCAAGAUGUGAGCGAGGAAGCAGGCGAUCUCCUUCGCUUAAUUUUGGCCAAGGAUCCCGGCAAGCGUCCGAGCUGGGCCGAGAUCAAGCAGCAUGCAUGGUUCCGGUCAAUCGAAUGGGAUAACGUCGCACCCAAGUCUCAGCCUCCGACGCCAAUCAUGUUUGAACACUUUGAUCCCAGUUCUGAGGCCCGGGCCACCAAGUUCGGCAAGCAAACUGCCAACAACGACCCUCCUUACUCUUUCUUCGACUGGACUUCCCCUGAGAUCCGUUGUCAGCCCUCCGUUUCUACCACCAGCAUGUACAAGGUGUCCCGCGACUGGGAGCCGAAUGCGGACAUCCUCGAGGUCAUGGGGUGGCCGGUAGGCUGCUCCCAGAGCAUCUUCGCCACCUGCCCUCCCACGAAGCCUUCGCCCGUACACCGCACUCCCCUUGUCGUCCCUGGUCCUCUCAGCACACAUCAGUCGUCUUCUGCCAUCGUCGUUCAAGCGCAUUCUGGUGGCCCUGAUCCAUCCACUUCCGACCCAUCGUCAAUGUCGCCGACUUCCGCAGUCUCCCUCAAGGGCAAGAAGGCUCAUAGUCAGCAUGGAACGAGCAAGCGUAGCACGCAUUCAGAGCCCCAGGCUCUGACCCGUGCAGUGUCAGCUCUCCCUGCUUCCUCUCCUUUCUCUGUUCUUGAGGUAAUAGAUGAGGCUCCUGUGGCCUCUAGAGCUUCCUCGUUUGACUGCGUUGACAUUGCGAAGGCCCUGGACAUCAUGGAUUCAGCCAUUCUGAUUCACACACGCGGCGAGGUUGGUGCACACUGUUCUCGUUGGAGCUCGAUGCCGAGUAAUGCCAAUGUGGAUGCGACUAUGACCAUGCCCUCUACUGGCGUCUCUCCCUUUUUCAAGUGCCUGGGCAUAGAUCGGGCUGCCGACCUCGUCACUGGCUCAAUGGCGCUGCAGCCUGUUCGCAUCCGGAGAGAUUCUUCGACCAUCCUGCCCUUCUCGGACACCGUCCCACAGACGCUCCUAGACGCUGGUGUAAUCAAGAGCAUGUCGCUGGCCUCGGUACUCAUGGACACUCCCAUCAUGCCCUUGCGGUACAGUUCCAGCGCAACAUCCUCCAGCUCCCAGGGGUCAGCCGACGACAGCACGUCUUCGACCGCCGGCACCGGCUCGAGCACCCAUUACUGGAGUAGGAACGCAAGCUCAUUCUCGCCGUCGUGGGGGUCGUGGGGCAGGUUAAGCAGCCGCGUGAAGGGCUGGUGGUCGUCUGUGGCGGGAGCUAAGGAAGCUCGUCGUCGUGAGAAGCGGAGAGCAGCCGCAUGGAUGUAAUCGAAUUUUCCAAUGACAGUCGCCGCAGAGCCUUCUUCUC